GAUUCACGUUCGCUUCACGGUAGAUUCACGAAGAAGAACUGCGAAAUCUGGGAGAAGGAGGACAGCGCCCAAAUAACUGUAAACCUGUGCAAAAACAUUGUGCGGCAGAAAUGGGACGUGACCCACCAUUUCUGUGUGGUCGGACCGUAAAACAAAGGAUAUGUCCGUCACUUUGUUAAAGUGCAACAUCCAACUGUUUGAGCAGCACAGUUUGAUCUUAAAGAAGCACAAGCCUUGAGGAAGCAGGAUGUUCACAGGCUCCACCAAACUGCCUCCCACUAAAACGCCUCAGCCUGAGAGGUUGGAUGAAGUGUAUGCAGCUCUACGCAGAGGACUACAGUCAUACCUACAGGUCCAUCAGCUGGAGCUGGACAGUCUGGGCCAGCAGAGUAGAGAAAACAAAAGGAAUGGGCGCUUGGGGUCGUUGUAUGAACUAGAUAAGCAAGUUAAAGCCAUAGAAAGGUUUAUGCGCCGUCUUGAAUUCCACCUCAGCAAGGUUGAGGAGUUGUAUGAUGCUUAUUGUAUUCAACGGCGACUACGUGAUGGAGCAAGCAAAAUGGUGGCAGCCUUUAAUUUGGCCAGUGGCAGUAGAGAGGCCAGAGAAAGUCUAAGUGAAGCCAACAAAGGCUACAAGGAAUGCACAGAACAUAUGUGCAGUCUUGAAAGUGAACUAGAGAGCCACAUGGGAGAGUUUCAUGUCAAGAUGAAGGGACUUGCUGGCUUUGCGCGGUUAUGUGCUGGUGACCAAUAUGAGGUUCUUAUGCGUUAUGGACGGCAACGCUGGAGGCUCAGAGGUCGUGUGGAAGUCGGCAACAAGCAAAUAUGGGACAGUGAGGAGUACAUAUUCAUGCCUCUGAUCACUGAACUCCUGUCCAUAAAGGUGACGGAGCUGAAGAGCCUGGCAAAUCAUGUCGUAGUGGGCACUGUGUCGUGCGAAAUGCUGGAUCUGUUCUGCCCACUUCCCCAGACGCUGGCAGUGGACAUCAACGAUCUGGGAACAGUGAAGCUCAAUUUAGAGGUCACGUGGAGUCCAUUUGAUAAGGAUGAUCCGACGUCGUCCAGCAGUACAGUCUCCAAGCGGCUGCUGUCCAACCAGAGCCCCCCAGACACUCCCUCCAUGAGAGAGCAGGUGUUUUAUUCUUUGCUGAAGCGACAGGGUGAAGUGGAGAAUGGGACUGUGUGGUCCAACUCGUCUGAAUCCUCUGAUGAUUCAUCAAGUCCAGCCUUGGCUCACCCGACACAACGCCUUAUUGCAUCAAACCUGCUGCAGACUACUCUCACCAAUCAGCUGUCACUCAGUCCUCACAAAUCCAGUGCAUCCACUCCAUCGCUCUCCUCUAACCAUGAGGAGGAGGAGUCAGAGACACCUGAGGUUUUCUGUUUAAACGAUACAGUGCCUAACGGUCACCUUCAGACACCCCUCUCUGACUGUAAAGUGUCUGACAGAGCAUCCCUCCAGUCUGCCGACCUCUCAGAGACCUCUGUAGACCUGUGCUGCUCCUGUCCGGAUGUGUCUGAGUCCCCCACCCCGUUGGUGGACAGUUUGUCUGAGGUCAGCUGUGAUCAGCAAAAAGACUCAGUAUUAGAGAGUACAGAGACAGAUGUGGUGACAGGGGAAUUUACCGAAGGACCACUAGAAAACUACGAAGAGGAGACUAAAGAGAACGAGCAGCCAGCACCCUCUGAGGAUAUGCACCACGCUGAGAAGGAUGAGGAAUCUCCAGGGGCUCCUUUCCCAACAUCUGCAAGUUUCAACCAAGAAGUGGAAACAGCUCUGGAAAGUUUUGACUUCCUCAACUGUUCUGACCUGGAGGAAGAAGAGAAUGAGAAAGAUGAUGACAUUCAUGAAGAGGUCAAACAAAAGGAAGAGGUUGUACAAGAAGUGGACCAAAUUCAGUCAGUAGAGGACCAUAACGAAUCCAUAGACGAGACUGCAAAGGAUAAAGAAAAGGAAGAUAUUUUCUCAGAAGGAAGUGAUGAAGAGGUGGAUGGUGAUCUAAAUAUAAUUAUGGAGGCUCCAGAAGGAUUUAGGAACUCUGAUGAAGACCGUUAUUCUGAAUCACAGGAGUCAAGUGUUGCUGACCUGCAGGAUCUGGGUCAGAUUGAAAUGCCAGAGGAACCACAGACAUCCGACCAAGAAAAGGGAGAGGAGCAACAUGAGGAAGCAACGUCUCAUGAUCAGGAGGAGCCCUCAGCACCCAGCCAACUGGCUACAACUGUCUUCUAACGAUUGGAGGUGGACCAUAGCUAGCUCUCUGAUCUUCUCAAGCCAAUUGUGCAGUGUGUCUCAAGGCCCAGCGUGGUCCCUCUCACUGGUCAGACAAACAGGCUCCCACUUUAUGAUGGGGUUUGUGCAUUUAACAGAGUUUGCCUUGUUAUGACCAACUCUGGCCUCAGCUGUGCUCAAUAACCACCAAACACAAGAUGUUCCCACGUGUCCUCAUCUUUUCAAUACUCCCGUCAUGAUGCCUCCUUCAAGGAUGAUUAGUUUACUCAUUUACAAAUAGUCUUUGUUUUGUGCUAGUCCGCUAAACAAAAGGUUAAGCAUUUCAGGAAUUGGCUCAAGGAGCCUUGUAUUUUGGUUUUUAAUACAAAGCAUUUUAAAAGUUUGUUUUAGUUUUUCUUUCAAAAAGCACUGGUUAGAAGCUAAAAAAAAAUUCAGUAUUUUGAGAUAAGACAUGUUACUGUUUGCAGUGUUACGGUGGCUUAUAUCUGGCUAUAAAGAGAUUUCAUGAGCAUUGUUUGCCUCAAUAUUUUUAAUGAAGUUACAUUGCCACUGACUUGCCACAUUUAAAGCUGUCCUCUUGAAAACCACUUUUUUAUUUUAGAAAUGUUGCCAUUAUUCCUCUUUUUAUGUUUACGGGCACAUUAUGGACAACAUGAAUAUACAACACUCCAAUGCUGUGCUGUCUAAGGUCAUUCAAUCUUUUGCAGUGAAAAUAUGUAUCUGCAUGUGUAGUGGCCUCACACUGCCAUUGUGUGUAAUCAAAGCUCAAAUCAGCUGUUUGUGUGUGUAAGCUAAAGCUAAGGCUCCAGUCCAAGGGAGCCAUCAGGUGCGUGACUAUGUACUGUGUACCUGCCUCUAGAGGGCGCAAUAUUAUGUUUGAGCUUCAUUAUGCUAAACGUGCCCUAAAAAGCCUCUUCUCUCAGAAAGUGCCUCACGUGAUACAUUUAGAGGGUUUAUGCCAUGGCAGAGGAGACCAAGCAAAGAGAACAGUGUUUAUUUUGACUAAGAGUGUGCACAAGAAAUAUUUACUGUUUCAUAUAAAAGAAUUGUGUAUGUCUUGAAGUGUUAAAAUGUUUAUGUUCUGAAAUGUCCAAACUUUAUAAAGGUUUCUUUAAAACAA